AGCCAGCAAAACAACGUAAAAACAUCAAAUACUCGUCAGAUCGAUAUCUCCACUACAUCGGAGCCGCCAUGGAUCUUCAUCGGAGCUCGACGAUCACACUCCUGAUCCUCUCAAUCUUAUCCCCCGCGACGCUCUCAAUGCGCUACGAGCUACACUCAGGCCACACGAAAUGCAUCUCCGAGGAGAUUCACGUGAACGCAAUGUCCGUCGGCAAAUACAGCAUCGUAAACCCUCACGAAGAUCAUCCUCUCCCUGCUUCCCACAAAAUCACCGUCAAGGUGACGUCGCCGCAAGGAACGGUUUAUCACGAGGCGGACGGAGUGAGCACGGGACAUUUCUCGUUGACGGCUGUGGAAACAGGAGAUUACAUCACCUGCUUCUCGGCCGUUGAUCACAAACCGGAGACGGUACUGACCAUUGACUUUGAUUGGAGGACGGGGAUUCAUAGCAAGGACUGGUCCAAUGUGGCCAAGUUGAGCCAAGUCGAAAACAUUGAGUCUGAGGUUAAGAAGUUAUUGGAUACUGUUACUUCCAUCCAUGACGAGAUGUUUUACCUCCGUGACAGGGAAGAAGAAAUGCACGAACUGAACAUAUCGACAAAUUCGAAGAUGGCAUGGUUGAGUUUUAUGUCUCUUGGGGUUUGUUUAUCAGUCGCAGGUCUUCAGUUUUGGCACUUGAAGACUUUCUUCCAGAAGAAGAAGCUCAUCUAGGGAGAGAGACGCACAUCAUUACCAUCUCUAGUUUUGUUGUUACACAAGUGGAUUCAGUUUUGUCAAGCAUUUUGCUACUCGAUUUUGCGGUUGUGUGAUAUGAUCUUUUAACA